GCGCGCGUGUACGUGAUAACGGUUAAGAUUUUCAUUAAGAUCCCACAGAGAGAACGAAAAAAAAAUUCCAUGGAUAGCUGCUAGCUUAGAUCAGGAAUGUAUCAAUUGUUUGUAUAGAAUGAGAAAGCAGUCAAUAAUAAGGGCUACUAGCACAGAUUCAGCAUCUUUACAAGAAAAUGAUACGUUAACUUAUUUUGAUGAACCUAAACUACAAAUUGCCCUUUCCAUGAAAGGAGCCGGUGGGAGGGUUUGAUCCACAGGGAUUUGGAUAAUUCGUAUUAACGAUUACUCUAUCCGCAUGGAUUGUACAUUUUUUACCCUGAUUUUCCCUCCCCGGGAUACAGUCGGCACAAGAUGCAGAUCUUCGUGAAAACCCUCACGGGUAAGACCAUUACCCUUGAGGUUGAACCCUCGGAUACGAUCGAGAAUGUGAAAGCCAAGAUCCAGGACAAGGAGGGUAUCCCCCCAGAUCAGCAGCGUCUGAUUUUCGCCGGCAAGCAGCUGGAGGACGGACGCACGCUGUCUGAUUACAACAUUCAGAAGGAGUCGACCCUUCAUCUGGUGCUUCGCCUGCGUGGUGGCGCCAAGAAGCGCAAGAAGAAGAAUUACUCCACCCCGAAGAAGAUCAAGCACAAGAGGAAGAAGGUCAAACUCGCUGUCCUCAAGUUCUACAAGGUUGAUGAGAACGGAAAGAUUCAUCGUCUGCGUCGCGAGUGCACCAGCGAGGCGUGCGGUGCUGGCAUUUUCAUGGCUGCCCACGAAAACCGCCACUACUGCGGCAAGUGCCACCUGACGCUUGUCUACUCUAAGCAGGAGGAGAAGUAAGGAGCUGGAAGAAUCGAGUGUCGGCGAAGUUGUAUUACUCUUCAACCAUUCUGUUGGCCCGCUAAAUGUCUGAUUAUCGACAGUCACAUUUAUGCCACUUAGAUUGCUGGGCUGAUGCGUGUAACAGAGAGGAUAAAUAAAGAUUAAUACAGCUAUCGUUCUGUAUUAAA